UUGGCGCUGCCCUCCGCAAGCUUCGCUGCAGCUGGCAAUGGCAGUGCGCCUCCGCUUCCAGAGGGGCCGAUUGACCUGCGAGAAAGCGAAGGCGACCUCGACGACGCAGCCGCGGUACCAGCAGCUGUUGCGAAGAAGGACAAUACGCCACUCGCGCCCGAGCAGAAGGCUGCCCUCAAGACGCUGAUGACCGACGCGUCGAAGCUGGCUGCGACAGAGGAGACCGCUGCGUUGGCGUGCCAGGAGGGCGCCGUCGACGUGUUCAAGGAGGGCUCGACGUUCCGGGCCGAACUGAUGGUCCAGGACGACUUCCGGAGCUUCGCCAACUCCAAUUUCAAGCCGGGCCAGAUCAGGAACAAGCUGGCUACGCGGUCCGAACUCGAGAGCCCGCGCGCCAAACUGCAGACGAAGACG